GCCCUGAGAGCUGGAGCAGGAGGGGGAGACGUGGUUGGCGGGGACCGAGCGCCCUGGGAGGGGUCGUAGCCGGCGGGGGCGGAGCCGAGCGGGCGGGGGCGGCGCUGGGUCGCGCCGGGCCUGGGGCGGAGGCGGCGCGCGGCGCUGACAGCUGAGUCGGCUCGCGGCCUCCCGCCCCCUCGGUGCCCGGCCCCGACCCCGGCCCGGCCUGCCCCGGAGCCAUGAGCCCCGGGCUGCUGCUGCUGCUCGGCAGCGCCGUCCUGGUCGCCUUCGGCCUCUGCUGCACCUUCGUGCACCGCGCUCGCAGCCGCUACGAGCACAUCCCCGGGCCGCCGAGGCCCAGUUUCCUUCUGGGACACCUCCCCUACUUUUGGAAAAAGGACGAGGUUUGUGGCCGCGUGCUCCAAGAUGUGUUUUUGGAUUGGGCUAAGAAGUAUGGACCCGUCGUGCGGGUCAACGUCUUCCACAAAACCUCAGUCAUCAUCACGAGCCCCGAGUCAGUGAAGAAGUUCCUGAUGUCAACCAAGUACAACAAGGACUCCAAGAUGUACCACGCACUCCAGACUGUGUUUGGCGAGAGACUGUUUGGCCAAGGCUUGGUGUCCGAAUGUGACUACGAGCGCUGGCACAAGCAGCGGAGAGUCAUGGAUCUGGCCUUCAGCCGGAGCUCCUUGGUCAGCUUGAUGGAAACGUUCAAUGAGAAAGCCGAGCAGCUGGUGGAGAUUCUGGAAGCCAAGGCGGACGGGCAGACCCCGGUGUCCAUGCAGGAUAUGCUGACCUGCACCACCAUGGACAUCCUGGCCAAGGCAGCUUUUGGGAUGGAGACCAGCAUGCUGCUGGGUGCCCAGAAACCUCUGUCCCGGAAGGUGAAACUGAUCCUGGAGGGUAUCAGCGCCUCUCGCAACACUCUGGCGAAGUUCAUGCCAGGGAAGUGGAAGCAGCUCCGCGAGGUCCGGGAGAGCAUUCGCUUUCUGCGCCAGGUCGGCAAGGACUGGGUCCAGCGCCGCCGGGAGGCCCUGAAGCGGGGGGAGGACGUCCCUGCCGACAUCCUCACGCAGAUUCUGAAAGCUGAAGAGGGGGCCCAGGACGACGAGAUCCUGCUGGACAACUUUGUCACCUUCCUCAUCGCUGGUCACGAGACCUCUGCCAACCACUUGGCCUUCACAGUGAUGGAGCUGUCACGCCAGCCCGAGAUCUUGGCGAGGCUGCAGGCCGAGGUGGAUGAGGUCGUCGGUUCUAAGAGGCACCUUGACUGCGAGGACCUGGGGAGACUGCAGUACCUGUCCCAGGUCCUCAAAGAGUCGCUGAGGCUGUACCCGCCAGCAUGGGGCACCUUUCGCCUGCUGGAGGAGGAGACCUUGAUUGACGGGGUCAGAGUCCCCGGCAACACCCCGCUCCUGUUCAGCACCUACGUCAUGGGGCGGAUGGACACAUACUUUGAAGACCCGCUGACUUUCAACCCUGAUCGCUUCAGCCCCAAAGCACCCAAGCCGAGGUUCACCUACUUCCCCUUCUCCCUGGGCCCCCGCUCCUGCAUCGGGCAGCAGUUUGCGCAGAUGGAGGUGAAGGUGGUCAUGGCCAAGCUGCUGCAGAGGCUCGAGUUCCGGCUGGUGCCCGGGCAGCGCUUCGGGCUGCAGGAGCAGGCCACGCUCAAGCCACUGGACCCCGUGCUGUGCACCCUGCAGCCCCGCGGCUGGCAGCCCGCGCCCCCACCCCCGCCCUGCUGAGGGGGCCUGGGGCGGGACCGGACUCCUGGGCAAAGGCUGCGCCCCCUCCUCUGCAACCCCACUGCCUCCCACCGUGCUCUCCUGCCCCCUUCCUCGGGCACCCUCCACGCUGGCUCCCAGCGGGCCCUCUGCCAACCACCGCCUGCUUCACGCCCCCAGCGCUCCCUGUCCCCUGCUAACUCCACUGGCCUUCCUGGACUGGCCCCUGCCUAACUCCAGCUGCCACGCAGAUGUGUGGUUGUCUCCCCCGACCUCUUUGCACAGGCCACUCCCUCUGCUGAGACACCCUAACUUUUGCUCACUCCCUAAAGCCCUCUUCGGGUGUCACCUCCUCCAGGAAGCCCUCCCUGCUGUCCCCCGGCCGGGCCAGGGGCCCCUCAUCCGUACUCCCUUGGUCACCUGUGCUACCUCUAACACCACACUGACCACACUGUAUCAUGAGUGUCCUCUGAUGUGACAGAUCACCCUGCCAGGUUGUGAGCACCUUGAGGGCAGGGUCUGCGUGUGAUUUGUCUCUGAGCCCCUCAUGCCCACCCAGGGCCUGGCCCAGAGUCGAUGCUCAAUAAAUAUGUGUUGACUGCA